AUGAUCCAGGGCGCCUCAGAACCCGGUGGCCCCGGCUGGGGCUGGGAUGGGGACGGGGACGAUGACUGGGACAGUGCUGUGCUCACCCUGUUGGCGCUGGCUGUCGUGGCUGCCACGGCCCUGGCCCUGCACUGGUUUGGCUCUGGGCCGGACCAGGAGGCAGCAGGACCAGCGUCCACCGGCCCCCGAGCCCAGCCUUCUCAGGCAGGAGGAGCUGGGCCAGCCCUGACCCCAAAGUCCAAGGUCAGUGGUGGCAUCGAGGGACACAGCUCUGGGCAGGGGAAGCCAGAGCCUCCAGGAUCGAGCCAGGGGACUCCAGCUACAGCAAGUGCCCAGGACCACCAGCCCCACGGAAGUGAAGAUCUGACAGUCACAGCCGCAGCUCCACCCAAGACGCCCAGCGAGGCGGCCAGUGGAGGGGCCUUGGGACAGCAGCAUGGCAGUGCCAGCUCUGAAGUCUCCCGAGGUGCAGGGAAGCAGCAGCCUGGGCCAGGUGCUGUCCUCCUGGGUAGGAGCAAAGCAGGGGGGACGCCUGCCCCUCUCCUGAUACACUUCACUCCUCCGAGUCUGGACAGAGAUGUGGAGGUGCAGGCGGAGGCAGGAGGCAUCCCAGCCAAGGCGCCAGCUCACCAGGCCCCGGUCCACACAGUGGAACAGGACACCGGCUCCUGGAAACACGGAGCAGGGCCACCUGGCUCCCUGGGGAGACGGUCAGGCAGCCGGCGGAGGCAGGUGGAUGACAGCCCGGGAGAGAGAACCCGGCGCCUCCCAAAGCUGGACCCCCUGCGCCUGGGAGCGGCGGUGAGUGUGUGGGAUGCUGUGGAUGCAGCCAGCACCUUCUCUGCAGCUCCAGCCCAAGUCCCUGCCCCAGCUGCAGCCACAGCCCCAGCUGCAACCCCUGCCCCAGCCCCAACUCCUACCCUUACCCCAGCCCCUGCUGCAACCCUUGCCCCUGCCCCAGCAACUGCUGCAACUCUUGCCCCAGCCCCAAACCCCACCCCAGCCCCUGCUGCAACCCCAGCCCCUACCCCAGCCCCUGCCCUUGCCCCAGUUGCAACCCCUGCCUCAGCCCCAGCUGCAACCCCUGCCUCAGCCCCAGCUGCAACCCCUGCUCCUGCUGCAACCCCAACCCCUACCCCAACCCCAGCCCCAGCCCCAACCCAAGCCCCAAUCCCUGCCCAAGCCCAAGCCCAAGCCACUGCCCCAGCCUCAGCCCCAGUCCCAGUCCCCACAAGUAAAUCAAGGCCUGCAAGUCAGGAGCCUAGUGUGACUCCUCGCAAGGGCAACCAGGAGGGGCAGCUCUCAACCAGCUGGGGAAAUCUUAUUUCAAUGGUUCUUAGGAGUCACCCCUUCCCGGGGCAAGAGAGGCCCCAAGGGACAGCCCUAAGGGCAGCUCCGGGGAGCCCCAGAGAGCCCGGCACUUCCACAGCCUCGGAGAACAGGGAGUCUGGUUCUCUCCCCGAAGGGGCCGUCCCUAGUCUCAAGGACGGGCAUGGCUCCCCAGCUGGGGUGGCCACAGGGGCAGGCACAGGGGGCCUGGCUGAGGCAGGACGUCAGGCACAGCACAGAAGCUCUGAGGCUAACGAGGCUGCGGUGCCCGGGGCCCCAGCUCUGCUGUCGGAGCAGAGGAAGCCUGGCCCUGCACCCUCCCCCGCUGCCAGGCGGGACCCACAGCCUGUCCCCAGGCCACGGAAACACAGCAUGUGUGAACUAGCCAAGAGCUCUGAGCUGAAGGUCAGCCAGGCGGCCCCAGGAGAGGUGCCAGGGAAGAGGCCCAGCCCCGUAGGCAGCAGGGAGGUCCUCACAGAGGAGCAGAAAGAGGCCCGCAAACUCAUGGUGUUUUUGCAGAGGCCUGGGACCUGGGGGGUGGUGGAGGGGCCCCGGAAGCCCAGCUCCCCUGCCCGGGAGCCGGCUUUGGCAGCAGCUCUGCAGCGGCGGCUGGACCUGGGCAGCUGCCUGGAUGUCCUGGCCUUUGCCCAGCAGCACGGGCAGCCCGUCCUGGCCCAUGAGACCUAUGCUUUGAUGAGCGACAAUCUGCUGCACGUGCUGGGCGACCCCAACCUCUACCGGCGGCUGAGUGGGGCUGACCGGGAGCGCAUCCUGAGCCUUCGAACUGGCAGGGGCCAGGCUGUGCUGGGGGUCCUCGUGCUGCCCAGCCUCUAUCAGGUGAGCCGCUCAGGGCUCACAAGGGGCCCUCGAGUGGAGGAGGCUCCUGCCACAGGUGCCGCGCCCCUGCCUCCUCCAUCGCACCUGCACGUGUUCAACCCGCAAGAGAACACCUGGCGGCUCCUGACCCAGGUGCCAGAGGAGGCCCCGCUGCGGGGCUGUGGUCUCUGCACCAUGCACAACUACUUGUUCCUGGCAGGGGGCAUCCGUGGCUCGGGCACCAAGGCCGUCUGUUCCAAUGAGGUCUUCUGCUACAACCCUAUGACCAACAUCUGGAGCCAGGUGCGGCCCAUGCAGCAGGCCCGUGCCCAGCUCAAACUGGUGGCCCUGGACGGGCUGCUCUACGCCAUCGGUGGCGAGUGCUUGUACAGCAUGGAGCGCUACGACCCCCGCACAGACACCUGGACCUCACGGGCGCCCCUCCCCGCGGGCACCUUCCCUGUGGCUCACGAGGCGGUGGCCUGCCGUGGGGACAUCUAUGUCACUGGGGGCCACCUCUUCUACCGCCUGCUCAGGUACAGCCCGGCGAAGGAUGCUUGGGAGGAGUGCCCCUACAGCGCCAGCCAUCGGCGUUCCAGCGACAUGGUGGCACUGGGCGGCUUCCUGUACCGCUUUGACCUGCUGCGGGGUGUGGGUGCCGCUGUGAUGCGCUACAACACCGUGACGGGCUCAUGGAGCCGGGCCGCCCCCUUGCCCCUGCCGGACCCUGUCCCGCUGCGCUGCACGGUGCUGGGCAACACCAUCUACUGCCUCAACCACCAGGUCACUGCCACCUUCACGGUCUCCGAGGGGACUGCGCAGUUCCAGGCCAAGGAGCUGCAGCCUUUCCCCCUGGGGAGUCAAGGGGUCCUCUGUCCAUUCAUCCUGACUCUGCCCCACUCGGCCCCGCUCCAGACUUCCCUCUGA